UAGGAUAAAACAGGUAAGCAGCCGACAUACAUUUUAGUAAUCGCAUGAAGCAGCAGUAGCUAGCUUGGCUAGCUCUCUCUACCAAAACAUACAUACAUAUGUUCCCAAAGCUCCCUCCUGUAAACACAUAAAACGCAGAGAAAAACUUCAAUCAAAUCCACAAAACGACAUCAGAAGGUCACAAAACGACCAUGGAUCCUUGCCCAUUCGCCCGCCUAAUAGUGGAGUCGCUCGCUCUCAAACUGCCCCACCAAGCCACCAAACCGGCUGGCCCAGGCGUCCACCCUUCCACCACUCCUUGCUUCUGCAAGCUCAGCAUCAAGAACUUCCCCUCACAGACGGCUCUGCUCCCUCUCUGCUCAUCCCCCGGCGACUCUCCACCUGAUUCCGCCACCUCCUCCGCUGGAUUUCACCUCGACUCCAUCGCUCUCCGCCGCAUCAAGGCCGCUGGAAAGCCCGUUACCCUUCGCGUCUCGGUCUACACGGGGCGCAUGGGACGCACGUGCGGGGUCACCAACGGGAAGCUUCUUGGCCGGGUCAACGUGAAUGUGGACCUGAGUGGGGCCGAGUUUCGCCCGGGGGUUUUCCAGAGUGGGUGGUUGAAGCUCGGGAGCGAGAAGGAGGAGAACAAGCCGUCCUCCUCUGCUAGACUUCACGCGGUGGUCCGGUCCGAACCGGAACCCCGCUACGUGUUUCAGUUCGGAGGCGAACCGGAGUGUAGCCCCGUCGUUUUUCAGAUUCAAGGGAAUAUACGACAGCCCGUUUUUAGUUGCAAGUUCAGCGCCGACCGGAAUGCAAGAUCCCGAUCACUACCCUCAGAUUUCACCAUCAACAGCAGUAGCAGAAACAGGGGAUGGAUGAGAACAUUUUCCGGCGAAAGAGAGAGGCCGGGAAGAGAAAGAAAAGGAUGGAUGGUGACCAUUCACGAUCUCUCUGGCUCGCCGGUGGCGGCGGCUUCAAUGAUAACUCCGUUCGUUCCGUCCCCUGGUUCGGACCGGGUUUGGCGGUCGAACCCUGGCGCCUGGCUCAUUCUCCGACCGCACGGCGUCUCCGUCAGUAGCUGGAAGCCUUGGGGUCGCCUAGAGGCGUGGCGGGAGAGAGGCCCCGUCGAUGGUUUGGGCUACAAGUUCGAGGUCCUCUCUGAGAACGCCAAUGGUCCCACAACCGGCAUUCCUAUCGCCGAAGCCACGAUGAACGUGAAAAAGGGUGGCCAAUUCUGCAUCGACAGUAGGCUGCCCGUGGCAGCGUUGACUCAGAGGUCUCCGGUCAAAGGCUUCGUCAUGGUGUCAACGGUGGAGGGCGAGGGAAAAGUCAGCAAACCCGUCGUCCAAGUCGGAGCUCAGCACGUGACUUGCAUGGCGGACGCUGCUCUCUUCAUCGCUCUAUCCGCCGCCAUUGAUCUCAGCAUGGACGCUUGCCGUUUAUUCUCGCAUAAGCUGAGGAAGGAGUUUUCCCAUGACGAACAAGAAUUCUUCUCUUAAUAGUCAUAAUACCCCAAAAAAUCUCCCCCCUCCUCCCCCCAAAAAGGUCACCUGAUGGCUGUGAUAAUCAAGUUUUUUUCUUUGCUCAAGAAAAUUGUUUGGUUUGAGCUUCAAAAUAUAUGUGAUAUAUAUAUAUAUAUAUUUUAAGUAGUGUUAUUCUUUUAAUUCUUUUUGAUCCAUCAUUUUUUAAUUUUCCUCCAAUUUUUUUCUCACAGAAAUUAAGUGUUCCUUUUUUUUCCCCUGUUUUUGCGAGUGUCUUUCAAGCUCAACAACAGGUCAAGCCUGGUGGCUUUUGUUCUGGUUUUUGUGGGGGGUCUUGGCAUUGAAGACUGACCAGACCAUCCAUACAUGCAUGGUUUCGGUAUUCUAGAGUGAUAGAGUGGGUUUCCUCGUCUUAAUUCUGCAAUGGCUAUUUUAGAGUUUUAUUAUACAUUCUAUACUUAUUGGAGAUUUUUCUUAUAAUUAAUAUUUGAUCUGUACAUAUGUAAUGUACAUUUCAAAUCUUUUUACAAAUUCCAAGUGUAAAUCUGUAACAAAUAUUGCUACCAUUCUUUUGACAUCUUUGGCCUCCUAUUUUUUCUAA